CAACUCCAGAAGCUAGAUACAUAUGAUGGAGUGAAGUUAAAAAAGAGAUGCUUCGGUUAUCUGGGGCGGCGACUUGCCUAUUUUUGCCUAGCUCGGGUGGUUCAAGUUACACAAGCAGCUGGGAGCUUGAGCCCCUGAAACUCGGACGAGUCCCUUGAAGCCUACCCCACAAUAUGCAUAUGGAGCCAAUCCAAAUUAAUGAUGAAAGCUGUCAAAUAGCCACCACCUCACCUCUCACCACGCACCGCCUGUUGAAGUGUAACUUAAGCCUUCUUCAACUCUUUCUGAACAUACUCACAUUCUUCUUUCUUGCUGAUCAUCCAUCAGCUUUCUUUCGGUGGGAUCGUUGGCUCUCUUGCCACUUGCUUCCCUUAUAUAUCGACUCUCCGUUGUCCCACCCACCUGGCCAUUGA